AUGCCUCCAGCUUACAAACGGCUCGACCGGGACAACUGCGUGUUUCUAUUUAUCGACCACCAGUCCGGACUUAUUCAGUUGGUGCGCGAUUUCGAGCCUACAGAGUUCCGGACCAAUGUGUUGGGAUUGGUGAAAACCGCAGCCUAUUUCAACGCACCCUCGGUCCUGACCACCUCAUUCGACACUGGUCCCAAUGGUCCUAUUGCCCAGGAAAUCGUGGAUUCACUGCCUAAUGCUCCCUUGAUCCGGAGACCGGGACAAGUUAAUGCGAUGGACAACGAGGACUUUGUCAAUGCAGUAAAAGCAACUGGGAAGAAACAGGUGAUCAUCAGUGGCGUUCUCACUGAAAUUUGCGUCGCCUUCCCCGCGCUGAGUCUGGCGGAGCAAGGCUACGAUGUAUAUGUGGUGACGGAUGCUUCUGGGACAUUCAAAGAACAUACACGUGAAGCAGCUCACAAGCGGAUGGCCCAAGCGGGUGUACAGCUCCUGAACUGGGCAGCGGUGGCUGCUGAGAUGCAGCGGGACUGGCGCCGCGACAUCGAAGGGUUUGGCAAACUUUGGACUGACCAUGUACCUGGGUAUUGGUGUUUGAUGCAGAGUUAUUCGAAUAACGCGGCAAACAGCAGUUAG